GUUAAUAAGCAGCCCGGCCCCCAUGGGAGGGCCCCGCCAGGUGGAUAAAGGCCCCGCCAGGCACUGCAGAGCACCGUCCCUCCUUCCCUCGGUCUGCCCUGUGAGAGGAGUACCAGAAUCGAGGCCCAGACCAUGUCCCAGCUGGUGGAAUGUGUUCCCAAUUUCUCCGAGGGGAACAAGCAGGAGGUGAUUGACACCAUCUCCCGAGCCGUGGCGCAGACCCCGGGCUGUGUGCUGCUAGAUGUGGACGCGGGCCCCUCCACCAACCGCACCGUCUACACCUUUGUAGGGCAACCCAAGGACGUGGUGGAGGGGGCCCUCAAUGCUGCGCGGGCUGCCUUCCGGCUCAUCGACAUGAGCCAGCACAAAGGGGAGCACCCUCGGAUGGGAGCCCUGGAUGUGUGCCCCUUCAUCCCGGUGAGGGGCGUCACCAUGGAUGAGUGUGUGCUCUGUGCCCAGGCCUUUGGCCAGCGACUGGCAGAGGAACUGGGUGUGCCGGUGUACCUCUAUGGGGAGGCGGCGCAGACAGCUGGUCGUCGGACCCUGCCAGCCAUCCGGGCCGGGGAGUAUGAGGCCCUCCCUGAGAAGCUCAAGCAGGCCGAGUGGGUGCCUGACUUCGGUCCCAGCUCCUUCGUCCCCAGCUGGGGAGCCACUGUCACAGGGGCACGGAAGUUCCUCAUUGCGUUCAACAUCAACCUGCUCAGCACCAAGGAGCAGGCCCACCGCAUCGCCCUCAACCUCCGGGAGCAAGGGCGCGGGAAGGACAAGCCAGGACGCCUGAAAAAGGUUCAGGGCAUUGGCUGGUACCUGGAUGAGAAGAACCUGGCCCAAGUGUCCACAAACCUCCUGGACUUUGAGGUCACAGCACUGCAUACGGUCUAUGAGGAGACCUGCAGAGAGGCCCAGGAGCUGAGCCUUCCGGUGGUGGGCUCACAGCUGGUGGGCUUGGUGCCUCUGAAGGCCCUUCUGGAUGCCGCUGCCUUCUACUGCAAGAAGGAGAAUCUCUUCAUCCUGGAGGAGGAGCACCGCAUCAGGCUGGUGGUGAACCGGCUGGGCCUGGACUCUCUAUCCCCUUUCAACCCCAAGGAGAGGAUCAUCGAGUACCUGGUCCCCAACAGUGGGCCUGAGCAGAGCCUGGUGAGCAAGUCUCUGUGUGCCUUCGUCCGUGAGGUGGGCGCCCGCUCGGCGGCCCCGGGGGGUGGCUCAGUGGCAGCGGCCAGUGCAGCCAUGGGUGCCGCGCUGGCCUCCAUGGCCGGCCUGAUGACCUAUGGGCGGCGCCAGUUUGAACACCUGGAUGCCACCAUGCGGCGCCUGAUCCCACCCUUCCACACGGCCUCUGCUGAGCUGACCACGCUGGUGGACGCAGACGCCCGGGCCUUCCAGGCCUACCUGGAGGCAACGAAGCUGCCCAAGGACACACCUGAGGACAGGGACAGGCGUGCGGCUGCCCUGCAGGAGGGGCUGAGGCAGGCGGUGGCCGUGCCCCUGGCGCUAGCAGAGAAGGUGGCCUCGCUAUGGCCCGCGCUGCAGGAGUUGGCACAGUGUGGAAACCUGGCCUGCCGGUCCGACCUGCAGGUGGCGGCCAAAGCCCUGGAGACAGGCGUGUUUGGGGCAUAUUUCAACGUGCUCAUCAACCUGAAGGAUGUCACCGACAGCGCGUUUAAGGAGCAGACCCGCCAGCACAUCUCCAGCCUUCUGCAGGAAGCCAAGACCCAGGCAGCGCUGGUGCUGGACCGCUUGGAGGCCCGGCAGGAGUGAGGACGCUGGAGACCUCGUGGGCUCUGCACCCCUCAGUGCCCCUCCCCCUUCCCAGAAGGGUCCAGCCUCGCCCGACAGCACAGGACAGCCUCCAGUCACCACCCCUGUGGG